AUGCCUCAAAAUCAUGGCUUCGACGGCCUCCAAGUAGUAUAUGGUGAUGCAGGUCUUGAGCCAGUCCCUGGUCAUCAUUCAUAUUUUCGGCAUAGCUGGCGCCCACAACUUGUCAAGAAUGAACAAGCGGCAAAACCUAGGAAAAUAUGUGGUUUGCGAGUGACAACAUUUUGGCUUGUGUGCGUUAUUGCAAUCUUGAUUAUCGGCGGCGCAGUGGCAGGUGGUGUAGGAGCUUCGUUGGCGAUCAAGAAGUCAUCAGACCUCGAUACGACGCCAACCAAGACGUCAAGCAUUCCAACGUCGUCCAGCACCUCAAGCAGUUCAACAACACAACCCAGCACUUCAGGCAGUUCAACCAGUUCAACACAGACCAGUACCACAAGUAGUGCGACACCAUCCAACAUUUGCCCCAGCGCCAACGGCACGACAUACACGGAGAGCCUUGGAUCGUUUAAGUACCAGAUUGUCUGCAACUCUGACUUUGGUGGGAGUGGAAAGGAGACAUUAUCCUCGACCGUGCUAUCAUCAUUCAGCGACUGUUUGAGUAUGUGCAAUACAAUGAAUUACUUCCAAGACCGCGCCGACGUCGGCUGCACGUACAACGUUGAAGGCACGGGUGAGCAAACACCAGGGACUUGCUGGUGUUUGGGAGGGAAUAAGACGAUUGUAUCAAAUACAGGGAACGUCAUUGCUGUCCCACAAUGA